AUGGAGCUCAAUUGGAACAACACUGCCCUCCACAGCCAAUUGUGUGUGGGCUUCAUUGGGAAGUCAAAAACAGAUUGCCACAUGGGAGAGGCAACCUGCACCCUGAGGGAGCUGCCGAUGCUGCCCUCAUCAUUGACAAUGCCCUCUGCAAGGAGAGAGCCAGCCACCCGCAACAGGGCCACAAAAACCAGUCCCCUCUCUUCCAACCCCAACUAUGUUUUGGAAGAAGAACACAAUUGCUGCCAUGCAGAAGGUCUCUGUGUAAAAUGCAGCAAACCAGGGCACAUGUUUGCCAAAUGCAGGACUGGCUGGAAGGCCACCCCUAAGGAGGAUAAGGGGAAGGCCAAGGAAACUGCCAAAACUGGCAAAGACUCCAAGUACCAAUUGGGAAAAGAGUAG